GGAAUGAGUAGAGAGAGAGAGUGAAUAUUUUAUAGGAGAGAGAAGAGAAAGAACACGAAGGAAAGUGGAGAGAGAAAGAGAAGGACGAAAGGGGGAGAGAGAGAGAGAGGUGAAAAGGGGGUCGUGGAAAGAAGUGAAGUAGGAGGAGAGAUGAUGUCUGGAAGCUGUAGUGGGAAAUAGGGGGCAAAGCUGCAGCAUUUGGUCUGAUCAACAAACCCUCCUUUUCCCAAUCAAUCCCUUCUCCGGUCUUCCCCUUGUCGGCCGCCUUUUCCGGCCAAUCCUCCGGUCACCUCCCCGCCUUCCUUUGACCAAUUUUUGACCAAAGAAAGUUCACCGCCUUUUCCCUCCUUUUCCCUCGGAUUUCCCGACAAAAGUCCGAAUCUCCGCCGGAAAGAUCAGUAGAUUUUAGGUUUCGAUUCGCCGAUGGGGUUGUGUUUUGGUUUCGGGAUGAAGCGCCGGUGAGGGCGCUCUCCGAUCGUUUCAGAUUCGCCGUUGACGACAACACUGCAGUGAAGAUGCCGGCGAACGGCGCCGGAGCGGCUCCGACGACGUCCACCGCCAAUCCAGGCGAAGGAGGGGAGAGGAGGAGCAUCAAUCCGGAGCUAUGGCAAGCUUGCGCCGGCCCUCUGGUAAACUUGCCCGCGGCCGGAACCCACGUCGUCUACUUCCCUCAAGGCCACAGCGAACAGGUUGCAGCAUCCAUGAAGAAGGAUGUGGAUGCUCAAAUCCCGAACUAUCCGAAUCUCCCAUCGAAGCUACUAUGCCUCCUCCAUAAUGUGAAACUACAUGCGGAUCCAGAGACAGAUGAAGUCUAUGCUCAGAUGACGCUUCAACCAGUUCCCUCGUUUGACAAGGAGUCAUUGUUGAGAUCAGAUCUUUCGAUGAAGGCAAAUAAACCACAGCCUGAAUUUUUCUGUAAAACAUUGACGGCGAGUGAUACAAGCACUCAUGGAGGUUUCUCUGUACCUCGUCGCGCUGCAGAGAAAACUUUCCCCUCUCUUGAUUUCAAAAUGCAACCACCUGCUCAAGAACUCACGGCAAGGGAUCUGCAUGAUACUGCAUGGACUUUUCGCCAUAUUUAUCGAGGGCAACCAAAACGCCAUUUACUCACUACGGGGUGGAGCCUAUUUGUUAGUGGAAAGAGGCUUUUCGCAGGUGACUCGGUCUUGUUCAUUAGGGAUGAAAAGCAGCAGCUUCUUUUAGGCAUUAGACGGGCUAACAGGCAACCUACCAAUCUGUCAUCCUCGGUGUUGUCAAGUGAUAGCAUGCAUAUCGGCAUUCUAGCCGCAGCAGCACACGCAGCUGCAAACAAUAGUCCCUUCACCGUCUUCUAUAAUCCAAGAGCAAGUCCAUCAGAAUUUGUUAUCCCUCUAGCCAAGUACUACAAGGCGGUAUGCAGCAACCAAAUAUCUCUUGGCAUGCGUUUCAGGAUGUUGUUUGAAACUGAAGAGUCGGGAACUAGAAGGUAUAUGGGCACAAUUACAGGUAUCAAUGACCUAGAUCCCGUAAGGUGGAAGAACUCACAAUGGCGUAAUUUACAGGUUGGCUGGGAUGAAUCAACUGUCGGGGAGAAGCGUAACCGGGUCUCAAUUUGGGAGAUUGAACCCGUGACAGCCCCAUUUUUCAUCUGCCCGACUCCUCCAUUCUUUAGACCAAAGCGUACGCGACAACCGGGAAUGCCAGAUGAUGAAUCUUCGGAUCUAGAGAACCUAUUCAAGAGGACAAUGCCCUGGUUUGGUGAUGAUAUGUACAUGAAGGAUCCCCAGUCUCUCCCUGGCCUAAGUUUUGUCCAGUGGAUGAACAUGCAACAAAAUCCUUCACUUGGUAGUUCAUUACAGCCUAAUUACUUGCAGUCUUUAUCUGGAUCGGUUCUGCAGAAUCUUGCCAGCACAGAUCUAACCCGUCAGCUGCCCUUGCCGGCUGCCCAAAUUCCUCAGCAGAACAACUUACAGUUCAAUACCCAGAAGCCAAACCAGCAAGCACAGCUUGAUCAGCUUCAAAAGCUACCGGCCUCCACGUUGAAUCCGUUAGGUUCCAUCAUACAGCAGCAGCAGCAGUUGACGGAUAUCACUCAACAACAGAAACAAAGUUUGAUUAAUCAAACUUUACCCUCAACUCAAGUUCAGGCCCAACUUCUGCAGUCACAGGCUCUUGUCCAACAUCAGAAUAUACUUCCGCUGCAACCGUCAAUUCAUAACCAUCAGCUUCACGGAAAUCUCUCUCAGAGUAAUCUGCAGCAGCAUCAGCAACAGCAACAUCAGCAACCGGUUCUUGGUCAGAACCAACAGCAGAGCUUAAUGUCAUCACAACUGCCUGAUCAAGUAAACCAACAGUUGCAGAUGUCUGAGAGCCAAAUCCAGCUUCAACUUUUACAGAAGCUGCAGCAGCAACAGCAAGCACUCUUAGCACAGCAGUCUACCCUGCAACAGCCUACCCAAAUUCUGCAUGUGCAUGAUCAGCAAAGGCAGCUUUUAGAUGCGUCUCAAAGCUUUUCUAGGUCUGCAACAUCCAGUCAAAUGCUGAACAUGCCUCAAGCAACAACCACUUCACUCCCUCAGACGCAGCUUAUCCCGCAGCAGAUGACAAAGACUAAUGGCCAAGCAAAUGUUCGGUUUUCUAAUCUACCCCAGCAACUGAAGCUUCAUCAACAGCAGCAACCCAGUGUCCUGCCAGAAUUGCCCGGCCCUGUUGGACAUACACCAACAAGCAAUCAGCUCUCAACAACUGGCAGCAGUUUGCUGACUGGAGCCGCUGGUGGAGGGCAAUCUGGAAUAACCGAUGAUGUUCCAUCUUGCUCGACUUCACCUUCCACAAACAACUGUCCAAACUUCAUGCCACCAGUUAUGAAUGCUAGGAACCAGCAAAGUAUGAUCAUUGGGGAGGAAAUGGUUCAAUCUUCUGCUGCACUCUUGAAUCCCAGUGGUCUAGAAACCAUGCCUGCUAAUGUUAACUCAAUUAAAGAUUUGCAGCAGAAAUCUGAUAUCAAGCCUCCACUGAACAUUUCUAAGAGUCAAAACCACGGAUUCUUGGCCCCACAAACCUAUCUAAAUGCUGCUGGAGCCCAGAUGGAUUACUUGGACACUUCAUCUUCGGCAACUUCAGUUUGUCUUUCUCAAAAUGAUGUGACUUUACAGCAGAACACCAACUCAAUGCCUUUCAACCAACAAGCAGUACUGUUCCGAGACACAAGCCAAGAUGGGGAGGUUCAUGGUGAUCCAAGGAACGGUGUUCCCUUUGGAGCAAACAUUGACAACCAGAUGGGAAUGCCCAUGAUUUCUGACCCUAUGCUUACAAAGGGAAUGCCAGGCUCGGGGAAGGAUUUCUCAGGUAAUUUGUCUCCAGGAGGUGGCAUGCUUUCCAGCUAUGGAAAUCCCAAAGAUGCACAACCUGAACUUUCAUCAUCAAUGGUCUCUCAGUCAUUCGGAGUUCCAGAUAUGGCUUUCAAUUCACUUGAUUCCACAAUAAAUGAUAGCAGCUUCUUGAAUAGGGGACCCUGGGCACCGCCACCGCCCCCACAGUUUCAGCGGAUGCGAACAUACACAAAGGUGUACAAGCGAGGGGCUGUUGGGAGAUCAAUUGAUAUUGCCCGUUAUUCUGGUUACGAGGAACUUAAACAAGAUCUAGCUCGUAGAUUUGGUAUAGAGGGGCAGCUGGAGGACCGACACAGAGUUGGCUGGAAACUUGUUUACGUGGAUCAUGAAAGUGAUGUCUUGCUAGUUGGUGAUGACCCUUGGGAGGAGUUUGUAAAUUGUGUCCGGUGCAUCAAAAUCCUCUCCCCACAAGAAGUCCAGGCGAUGAGCUUGGAUGGAGAUUUAGCAGCAAACAAUGUUCUUUCCAAUCAAGCUUGCAGCAGCUCUGAUGGUGGAAAUGUGUGAGAUACAGCACACACUGAAACUCGAGCGGUCACCUUACUACUACUACUACUACUACUACUACUAGUAGGAACUCGGUCUGUUUCUCUCAGCAGGUAUGCUGCCGGGAUGGGCUUUCUGCCACCUUUCGAGCUUCUGCAUAAUGGCCUCUCUCAGCUCCAUCCGGGUUCAUGUAUAGCAGGUAAUCCUUAUGCAGUUAGAGCCCAUUUUACUACUCUGGGACGUAGGUGAGGGAGUGGAAGAACCAAAGAUGUUUCUUUCACUCUGUAGCAUUGAUAGAUGAUGAUGGCUCGGUCCUAGCAUCAAAGCAGCUACAGUUUCAGAUUGGAGGAGAAUCGAGUUGCCAGAGAUAAAACAGUUUCUGUAUCGAUAUAUGGUCACCGGCGAGAUCAGUGUCAGUCAGUCUGUUUUCUCGUACUGACAAUCAUUCCAGUCAGUAGAGACAGUAAUAGCUAGAAUUUGCCAUGGUAGUAGUCCUGAGUGUAUAGAUCUCUAGUUUCUCUCCUCUUUAACCCUCUAAUGAAAUUGCUUAUAUUAUUGAUUUUUUCCCCUUUCUUA